AUGCUCUCCGCCACCUCGACAGUCCGCGUGGCAGACUCGCCUGACUUUGCCAUCUUUUCCACUCGCGUGGCAGAGCUCGCUGCCGUCACAGGCAUUGCCGCCCUCGAGCCCGAUGACGCCGUCGUCUUCUUUGUCAACAUCUACAACAUGCUCAUGCUGCACAUGUACAUCGUCGCGCCUACGCCAUCGUCGGCUCGUGGCAUCCUGGCAUACGUCAACGGCUACGGCUACGCCCUUGGCGAGCUCGGCAUUGUUACUCCCUUUGACAUCGAGCACCUCAUCAUCCGCGCCUCGUCGGCCCGUCCCGACUUUCUCGGCGCCUCGCUCAUCCUGCCCUCGUCGUCGCCGCGGGCAGCAACGUUUGCACCUGUCCGCUUUGCCGCCCCUGUCCCACUCGUUUCCUUCCUCCUCUGCUCUGGCGCAAAGUCGGGGCCGGGUCUGGUUGUCCUCGAUCCCGAUGCUCCGCUCCGCGAGCAGAUGGUCGCCGCUGCCGGCGCCUAUCUCGGCGCCUCCGUCGUCGUCAACCGCCUCACCGGCACCCUUUACCUUCCCAAGCUGCUCGAGUGGUAUGCUGCCGACUUUGAGCCUGUGGCGGCCGGCUCCGCGCCCGUCGGCAUCGUUCCGGUCAUGCGCGCUCUCCUCGCGCCGCGCCUCCGCUUUGAGCUCGACGCCCUGUUCAAGGCUAACGCCGAGCCCAAGAUCAAGUACACUGACUGGGAGUGGGACAUGCAUCGCAUCCGUCUCCCCUUUGACUCGGGCGUCUCGCCGCUCUUUUACUUUGAGCACCGCCUCGCGUCACAGGUCGACGCUGCAGGCCGCACCCUUGCCACCAUUCUCCACUACAUGCGCGAGGAACUCCCGCUCGGUGCCCAUCGCCACCGCUUCAAGCGCUACGAGGCUGCUUUCACCGGCCAGGCCGCCGUCGACUGGCUCGUCUACAUUGUCGGCGGCUAUAGGUCGCGCAAAGAUGCCGCUGCCACCGCCACCGCUAUGCUCCGUGCCGGCGGCCUCAUCUCUACCGCUGCACAGCCCGACUCUCUCACACUGGCUGUCCUCGACAAGUCGACCGAGUUUUACACCUUCCAGACGCCUUGGGAUGAGUACACCGUCCGUGUCCAGUACCGCGCCGAGCUCGGCGAGCUCGCCACUCGGCUCGCAAGCUCGGUCGACGUCGCCGAUCGUACCUAUCAUGCCCGCUUAUAUCCAGCAUGCUUUGUGGCGAGCGAAGCUGUCGACGCUCUCAGCACUCUCGUUUCCCACGCUUCACGCCGCGAUGCCAUCGCCCGCGGUACAGAGCUCUUUAACGAGGGCUUUAUCUACCACGUUGCCCAUAAGCAGGCCUUUGCUGACAAGUUCUACUUUUUCCGGUUCCGCCACGGUCUCGCCCUCGCCGCGCUGCUGCCACCUGGGCUCGAGUGGCUUGCCCCGCCGCCGCUCGACCAGAUCGAAGCUGACUCGAUGCCGCAGUCGUCGCCUUCCGCCACUGAGGCGGAGACCGAUCUUGCCGCCCCGCUCGAGACCAUUUUUAUCCGCGACAGCCUCCGCUCGGCGGCGGCGUCGUCGUCUCCUAUCUCUUUCUUCUUCCGGUCCGCUACCCGACAGCGCGUUACUCACUCCAGCGCCUCUCUCAACAGCGCCUGA